UCCUGCAGUGAUACCAAAAUAACAGAAACAGCAGCAAGAUAUUCCUGCCCUGUCGCUGAUACAAUACGUCAUUCUUCAGGAUUAUUGCAGACAAUUGGGUGGCAAUUGUGAUUUUAUAUGUUUGUCAUUUCUACGGAUUCUUUGAGCCGAACGAGAAAUUCACAUACCGGAACUGUUCAGAUUAAACCAAACUGGACAUUCAGUAAAGAUGUGAGAGGAAACCAGACACAGAGAGCCGGACCUGGCAAUCAUACGGCAAGUACUAUUCUUUCCCUUCUUAUUCCCUUUGUUCGGCCGGGCAGUCUCGGAGCAGAUUUGUUAUUCGAUUCCUGAAGAACUGGCCAAAGAUUCCCUUGUGGGGCACCUCGUCAAGGAUUUGGGACUGAAUGUGAGAGAACUGCCUCAGCGAAAGCUUAGUGUUGUCUCUGGUUUUGAAAAGCAAUACUUCGUUACUAACACAGAAAAUGGAAACCUGAUUGUAAAUGAAAGGAUAGAUCGAGAGGGAAUAUGAGGGGAAGCAUCUCUUUGUGUCCUCAGUUUUCAGUAGGUGUGCAAAACCCUUUUAAUGUUUUUCACAUGAAUGUCGAGAUCCAGGACAUUAAUGACAAUGCACCGCGGUUCAAUACCGAAUACAUUGAUUAUAAAUUAUUGAAUCCACACUGCCGGGUACGCGAUUUCCACUAGGAACGGGAAGAGAGCCAGAUGUCGGCACCAAUUCACAAAAAAGUUACCAGCUCAGCCUCAAUCAGUAUUUUAUCCUGGCGGUGAAAGAAAGCCUGGAUGGCAGUAAACAGGCAGAAAUGAUACUGGAGAAACCUUUGGACCGGGAAAAGCAGAGAUACCAUCGCUUAAUCCUGACGGCUGUGGAUGGCGGAGAUCCGGUCAGAACUGGUACAGCUCAAGUUAGAGUUAAUGUCACUGACGCCAAUGACAAUCCCCCAGUCUUCACUAAAGAGAUCUACAAAGUCAGCCUGAAGGAAAACCUACCAAAGGGCUCCUUAGUGGUUCAGGUGAGAGCUACUGAUACCGACGACAGCUUAAAUGCAGAAACAAUGUACUCUUUCAGCAAUGUCCCUGACAAUGCUCGCAAACUAUUCAGUCUGGAUCCCCGAACGGGUGAGAUUACAGUGACUGGUCCUUUGGAUUUCGAAGAGGCGAAAUUUUAUCAGGCGAACCUGAAAGUAAAGGAUGGGGGCGGUCUGACAGCUCAUUCUAAGGUGCGAGUACAGAUCCUUGAGGAGAACGAUAACGCCCCUGUGAUUGACUUCACAAUAAUCUCCAAUCUGGUUCCCGAAGACUCUGCCCCCGGCACUGUCCUAGCUCUCAUUAAUGUCCGUGACCGAGAUUCCGGAAAAAACGGAGAAGUUACCUGUGGUGUGCAAGGUAAUUUACCUGUAACUUUAACAUUUUCUUCUAGAAAUUCUUAUAAACUCGUAACCGAAAAUAUUCUGGAUAGAAAGACAAUCUCUGACUAUUCUAUCACAAUCACAGCCACAGAUAAAGACUCUCCCCUCUCCACCCAGAAAACAAUCCUGUUGCGGAUCUCGGAUAUCAAUGACAACGCGCCUGUCUUUGAGAAACCUUCCUACACCGCCUACGUGCCAGAGAACAAUCCCUCCGGGGCCUCUAUUUUCAGUGUAAAAGCCUCAGACCGGGAUCUGGACCGGAACGCCCGAGUCACUUACUCCAUCCUGAGCAGCAGCCUCCAGGAGCUGCCUCUCUCCUCCUACAUCUCCAUUAACUCCCAGACCGGAGCGAUCUAUGCGCAGCGCGCCUUCGACUACGAGCAAUUCCGGGAGUUGAGAUGCAAGUGAAGGCCCAAGACGGCGGGUCCCCGCCUCUCAGCAGCAAUGUCACCGUCAGGGUGUUUAUUGUGGAUGAGAAUGAUAACGCCCCUCGCAUCCUGUACCCUUCCGUCGGAGCCGAUGGCUCCGCCUUGUUCGAGAUGGUGCCUCGCUCGGCC